CUAUCUACAAGCUUCAUACUAAUGGUAUAAUGCUCUUACACUUAUCCCAUAUUAUGUUUACAGUGAUGACAGCGCAGUUACACUUUCCACAGUCUAGUGUACCUUAGAAUAUUUUAUGAACCUCGAGACCUUCUACGCGAGUCGUCAAUGGGGGCUUGCAUAAGCUCUUCGGGCAAGGCGCGCCAGGCUUACAAAGUGGAUUCGUCUUUGUCAGACAACAGCUUGCAUGCCACUGGAAAUGGCGUCCAUAGGGACCAAGCCAGUAACCCCGCCGCGCUAGUGACCUCGACUGCUAAGACGCCUUGGCUGAAUAGCCAGCGGCAUCGAGGUGUAAUACCGGAUGGGCAAGAAAGUCCUGUGGUGCUCCCAGCUAGUCGCCCAGGAGCUUCAGGCGGCGUGUACAACUCAACCCAAGAUACGGAUGAUAUUCUGGGCCUAGCGCCAACUUCAGAGUCGCAAGCGGAUGGGGAUUUCCUAAGCAAAGGCGCUGCUUGGAAUGGUGCUUCGUCGAACCCUGCUAACGACGCCAGAGCGGACGCGCAGCCGCUAGCCGACCCUGCUGAUGACUCAUCAUGCACAGAAUCCGUUAAACAGCUUGCACGUGCGCAGCGCGGCGUCCGCGGAAGCAUCGCCACGGGCACUGCCUGGCCAGCUGUAGGCGGGCCAGAUGGCAUGUCACGGGGAACAAGCAGGAAGCCCGGUGGCGCCGCGGAUGAGGACUCAACCACCGUUUGGGAGGAAGGCGAGCACGGCAGCGGUGAUGCCAGCGUCGGUGGCAAGGGCUCAGCAGAGCAGGAGCGUGUCGUACCGUUACGAUCGCAGGCAGACGAAGUGGGUAUGCGGGAGGAGAGCAUGGAUAGCACGACUGGGGCAGAAGCACGAGCAGGGGCAGCAGGAGGAGCGGUGGGGGCAGGGGUUGUAGGAGCCACAUCAAUUCGAGGGGAGCUGCGGUCGACGUCGUCUGCCAUUGGCACGGAAGGGCACCGACAGGAGUCCUCACCCCUGGAUGACGCGGAGGGCCUCCCCGGCACUCCGCAACGCACCUCCCCCACCGCCCGCCGCCUCUCAGCAUUCGACUCCCGCCGCCUCGCGCUGCUGGCAGCGGCCGCGGAGGGCGGAGGUGGCGGUGGCGGCAACAGCAGCUUCGGCUGCCGACCCCCCGGCUCCGAACCCUCCAACAGCCAGCCGCUGCCCAGUCGCAUGUCCGGGGGGAUGGCGGCGGCUGAGGGGCAGCAGCGUGGGGACAGCAGCCUGUCCUCGCAUGCGGGGUCGCAGGCGGCAUCCGCAGCAGGGCUGUCAGGGCAGGGCGGCGGCUACAUGCGGGGUGGGAGCUGGGAGGCGCGGGGCAUGGCUGGCGGCGGGGGGCAGCGGCUGCAGUCGCCGGAGUCCAACACGGACAUGGGGUACUAUGGCGAGGAUGGCAGGUACUCCACACCCACCCCCGUGCAUGGAGCCAUGCCAGUGCGACACUCCAUGCUGGAGAACCCCCUGCUCCGGCAGCAGCUGGGGGAGCAGCAUUUGAACGGGCACGCGGACGCUGUUUCCAAACCUGCGGUGCUGGAUUACGUGCCUACACCCAAGGCUCAGAUGUACGGUCGCGGCCAUCUACUGCUCGCGCAGCCCUCCCGACCCAGCCUGCUGCUGCCGCAGACCUCGCGCCCCAGCCUGCUGGUGCAGCCCUCCCAGAAGUCCCGCAGCUCGCAGCAACCCCACCACCACCUGCUGGUGGACGCGGCGGCGGACCCGCCGGAGGAGCGCUGCGACUCCUCACGCAGACUGGAGUAUGUGCCGGCCAAGAGCUUCACUCGCAGGGCCCUCACCACACACGGCACGACGACCCCCAUGGCCGCCGCGCGUGGUGGCACCGGCUCCGGCAUGCUGGGCAUCUCCUCCCCCUCGCGCCCGCUCUCCCCCGCCGCCCCCCCGCGCCCCCUCCCGCCUCCCUCCCCCGCCGGCAGCACCUCCCUCUGGCCGCCCGCAGCUGCUGCGGCCACCGGCAGCAUCACCGGCCGCCCUCCCAACCCCUUCCGCGGCGGCGGCAGCAGCGGCAGUAGCGACCCUGUGGCGACUUCGGGUGGGAGCAUUCUGGGGGCUGCUGGGGGACCUCUACAAGCACUGCAGCAACAGCAGCAGCCACAGCAGCAGCAGCCGAUGGACGCGGCGACGUCGUUCGGCCGCGCCUACCCUCGCGCCUCCUCGCAACCGCCGUACAUCACCGCCGCUCCCUCGCCGUUGCGGCCCACAGCAUCCAGUGAGGCCAGCAGCGACUGGCGCCGUCGCGCCGAGGCAGCAGCAGCAGCAGCCAGCGUGGACGCCCGGCCCAGUGCUCCUGCCUCGCUGAUGCAACCAUACCAGCAGCAACCGCAGUCGCCGCUGGGUGCCGGCAGCAGCAGCAGGCCGAAUGACACAGGAUGGGGCGGAAGGACGACGCCUCAGGCGGGCCAGGCGGGACCGUCGGAGUUGAGAGCAGGUUCGGUGCUGUCGGGCACGCACUCCAGCUCGGGUUUGGCGUUGGGGAGUUCCUCCGCGGGGGUGAGCGGGGUGGCCGUUAACAGCGGUGGCGGUCGUGCGGCAGAUCGUGCAGCUCGUUUGCUGGCGUCGUUGCAGCGGCUGGAGGGCUCGGUGGCUGUGCCAGCCAGGUGAGGGGGCUGAGGGCCCUGUACAUAGGUGCCCCGUACAUAGAGUAUGC